AUGUCGGAUCCGGUCGUUCUGCAGUCGGCGGUCCGUGUGCCCACUCCUCCCCCGGGCGCCGCAUUUUCGCCAGGCGCAGCCUCUCGAAAACGUUCGCCCCCGUCGCGGUCUCCGUCGCCAAACCGACGUCGCUCGCCACCGGGUGGUUCUCAUCGGGAAGAUGGCGAGGUCCCUCCCCUUGAUGAUGAGCGCGCGAUCGAGCGAGAGCGACAGCUUGCAGAGCGUGUUCGCGAACAUGAAAGGAAGGAAAAGGCUCGAAAGCCGAUGACCGACGAGGAGAAACAGGCUUCUGCAAAGGCAGAAUACGAAAAACUUCUGAAUAUGCGCUCAGGUGGAACAUACAUCCCCCCGGCCCGACUCCGCGCCCUACAGGCGCAGAUCACGGAUAAGACGAGCAAAGAGUACCAGCGCAUGGCAUGGGAGGCUUUGAAAAAGUCGAUCAAUGGUUUGAUCAACAAGGUCAACGUCUCCAACAUCAAGUUCAUCGUUCCCGAACUGUUUGGAGAAAACCUGGUUCGAGGACGGGGCUUGUUUUGCCGUUCCAUCAUGAAGGCACAGGCGGCCAGUUUGCCCUUUACACCUAUCUAUGCUGCGAUGGCGGCAAUUGUCAACACCAAACUUCCGCAGGUCGGAGACUUGUUGCUGUCCCGACUGAUCAUUCAAUUCCGCAAGGCAUUCAAGCGAAACGACAAAGCCGUCUGCAUUUCGUCCACGACUUUCAUCGCUCAUCUGUGCAACCAGCAGGUUGCCCAUGAGAUGUUGGCCGCUCAGAUUUUGUUACUUCUUCUCCACAAGCCCACGGAUGACAGCGUGGAAAUCGCCGUCGGGCUCACCCGAGAAGUUGGCCAGCAUUUGGAGGAAAUGAACCCUCCGAUUGCGCUAGCGGUAUUCGACCAGUUCCGAAACAUCCUUCACGAGGCCGAUAUCGACAAGCGCAUCCAAUACAUGAUUGAGGUUCUUUUCCAGGUGCGCAAGGAUCGGUACAAGGACAACCCAGCGGUUAAGGAGGAGCUCGAUCUGGUGGAGGAAGAAGAUCAGAUUACUCAUCGCCUCGGCUUGGACGAUGAGAUUGAGACUCAGGACACACUCAACAUCUUCAAAUUUGAUCCGGAGUGGGAACAACACGAGGAAGCCUACAAAAAGCUCAAGGCCGAAAUCCUAGGCGAGGACAGUGACGAGGACGACGAGGAUGGUGAGGACGAGAGCUCAGACGAAGAAACAGACGAGGAGGAGCAAAAGAUGGACAUCAAGGACCAGAGCAACACUGACCUGGUUAAUUUGCGCCGGACGAUCUACCUGACGAUCAUGUCUAGCAUCGACUUCGAAGAAUGCUGUCACAAAUUGAUGAAGAUCAAUCUGCCGGCCGGUCUCGAGCCAGAACUGCCGUCGAUGAUUAUCGAGUGUUGCUCCCAGGAACGAACAUACUCCAAGUUCUACGGUCUGAUCGGAGAGCGAUUCGCAAAGAUCAACCGGCUCUGGUCGGACUUGUUCGAGGCUGCAUUUGCCAAAUACUACGACACCAUUCACCGAUACGAAACGAACCGUCUACGCAACAUCGCACGCUUCUUCGGACACAUGAUUAGCAACGAUGCCAUUGGCUGGCAUGUCCUCUCGGUAAUUCAUCUCAACGAAGAGGAAACCACCUCCAGCAGCCGUAUCUUCAUCAAGAUCUUGUUCCAGGAUCUUGCGGAGCACAUGGGCCUGCCGGCUUUGCAGUCCCGGUUCCGAGACGAGAUUCUGCGACCAAGUUUCGAGGGUCUCUUCCCUACGGAGAAUCCGCGACACACCCGCUUCUCGGUCAACUACUUCACCAGUAUUGGCAUGGGUAUAUUGACCGAAGACAUGCGCGAGCAUCUCAAGAACCUACCCCGGCCCACUGUGCCCGCCUUGCCAGCAGCCGCGUCGCGCUCGCCAUCGCGCUCCUCUUACUCCUCAUACUCCUCUCGAUCCCGGUCUCGCUCCCGCUCCUAUUCCUACUCCCGUUCUCCUUCCAGGGACCGUGGUCGCUCUUACUCUCGCUCCAUCACGCCCUCUUCGCGGGGUCGGAGCUACACGCCAUCGCGUUCGCGGUCCCCUCGCCGCAGUCGACGCGACGCAUCUCACAGUCGAUCUCGAUCCCGAACGCCAGCGGAUCGACCCGUAUCCAGGUCGCGCACACCCCCAAGACGUGGUCGCGCGCGCUCCUACGACCCUCGCAGUCCCAGCCGCACCCCUAGCCGGACUCCUAGCCGCAGUCCGUAUAGGUCUCGCCGCUCGGCUUCUCGAUCCGUCACCCCGCCGCGCCGCGGAGCUCCCGCCAGCCGGCGCAAUCGCAGCGGCUCAAGAUCGGUCUCUCGAUCUGUCACGCCUCCUCGUGUACCUGCAUCCAAGAGUUCCAGGCGGCACUCGUCGAAGUCGGUAUCCCCUCCGCCUCGUCGAGGCCGCGAUCAGUCUGUCUCCCGCUCCCGCAGCCCACCGCGCAGGGAUGUUUCACGGGGACGAAGCUAUUCGCGAACACCACCUCGCCGAAGGUAA